CUCGUCGGCGUUACAACGGAAAGCCACUCGUCGCUGGAACCAUAUCGUUCGUGAUACUUGGCGGAAUAUCCCGCAUUUAGACGUUGGUUACUGAGCGUGAAGUUCCCGAUCCUGAAACGGUUUGAGUACGCGACAAGAGAAUAAGAAAAGACUAUCAUGAAGAACGUUGUGUGGGUAUGCGUUAUGUGCGUGCUGCUUAGUUUGACCUCCCUCGAAGCUGGGCCUCUUCGCUGGUGGUUCCGCUGGUGGCAACUUCAACGCAAUCCGCCCACCAGCUCCAGUCUCAUCUUCGAAGACUGCGGCACCAAAUAUGACGUCCUAUCGAUAAAUUUGUCCAGCUGUAGUGCCGCACCAUGCACGAUGCAACGUGGAACGACCGUCGGGGUUAAGGCUGAAUUCACGGCAAACGGCGCCUCGACGGAUAGUAUUCUGAAACAUGAAGCUUACUUCAUUCUAAAUAACGUUAAAACGAAGGCCACUAUCACUCCGACUACUUGUGAGGGCUCUGUUUGCCCAUUGCAGGGAUCUGCGGGCCUGUUGUUUUCUGCUGAUAUCUACGUCAAUCCUAGUCUGCCUCCGAUUACUGGAAAGCUGCGCUGGGAGCUAACAAAUAGCAAGGGCGAUACUUUGCUCUGUUAUCAACUGCCGGUGUGCAUCGCCUAACUUCCGGAAAGACAUCGGAAAACGCUUUACGGUGCGUUUAUAACAACACCCAAAGAAUCGAUUGAGAUUAUAAGAAUUCCGCCGGAAAUCAAAUUACAAAUGCGGGCUGGAAACACUUAUGUUGUGUUUUCAAUGGUG